AGAAUCCUCAAAAAAGAAGAAGAAAAAAAGGAGAGAGAGAGAUGAGUAGAUAAUGAUGACGCGGGCGAUCCUUGCGCGCGAGCCGAAACGGAAUGGCUCCGGCAUGGCCGCUCCCGAUCUCAUCCUAGCUGGAUAACGCCGUCCUUAUCCCACCAACCCAGUCCGCCUGGUCUUCUACUAAUAUUUGUUUGUUUGUUGAUCAGUCAGCCCACUUCGGCGCUACCGGCUCUCCCUCCCCGAUCCAUCCGACUCCUCCCCCUUCCGUCGCCGGCCGUCGUACCCGCAGCAGCAGAAGGGGAUUCGCGCGGGCGCCGACGAGGCGGACAGGUCACCGGCAGCCAUGGUCGGGCGGAGCUCUCUCCCGGAUGGGGCCCUCUUCCUCGGACUCGACAGCUCCACCCAGUCUGUGAAAGCUACUGUGCUCAGCAAUGAGUUAAUAAUAGUCGCUUCUGAAACUGUUAAUUUUGACUCUGAGUUACCGCACUACAAAACCGAGGGUGGGGUUUACAGAGAUCCUACAGAUGACGGCCGUAUUUAUUCACCAACCAUAAUGUGGGUGGAGGCUUUGGAACUGCUGCUUGAGAAACUAAAACCGAAGAUCAACUUCAGUAAGGUUGUGGCCGUUUCUGGGAGUGGGCAACAACAUGGCAGCGUUUACUGGAAGAACGGCAGUCAAGCUGUGCUGUCUUCCCUGGAUCCUGGUAAGAGCUUGGUAUCCCAGCUUAAGGAUGCCUUUUCUACCAUGGACUCGCCAAUAUGGAUGGACAGUAGCACUACCAAGCAGUGCAGAGAAAUAGAAAAUGCUGUUGGAGGAGCAUUGGAGUUAUCUAAGCUGACAGGGUCUCGUGCGUAUGAGAGAUUCACUGGGCCCCAGAUACGAAAGAUCUACCAAACAGCACCACAUAUUUAUGAAAAUACCGAGAGAAUAUCUUUGGUGAGCUCAUUCAUGGCAUCUAUCCUUGUUGGAUGCUAUGCAAGUAUUGAUGAAACUGAUGGCGCUGGGAUGAACUUGAUGGAUAUAAACAAGAGGACCUGGUCAAAAGUUGUUUUAGAGGCCACUGCUCCUGAUCUUGAACAGAAGCUGGGAAAUCUGGCACCGGCAUAUGCAGCUGCAGGUCGAAUUUCUUCAUAUUUUGUAGAAAGGCAUCAGUUUGACAAGAACUGUUUGGUUAUUCAGUGGUCAGGUGACAAUCCCAAUAGCCUGGCAGGUUUAACACUGAAUACACCUGGAGAUCUUGCAAUCAGCCUUGGUACUAGUGACACAGUUUUUGGGAUUACUGCCGAAGCUAAACCAAGCCUUGAAGGCCAUGUUUUUCCCAACCCUGUUGAACCGGAUGGUUACAUGGUGAUGCUAUGUUACAAAAAUGGCUCAUUGACCCGGGAAGAUGUGCGGAAUCAGUGUGCAGAAAAAUCGUGGGAUAUUUUCAACAGCUACCUAGAGAAAACACCCCCUCUGAAUGGUGGUAGGUUAGGAUUCUACUACAAAGACCAUGAAAUCCUGCCUCCUCUUCCAGUUGGUUUUCACCGGUACAUUGUCGAGAAUUUCAACGACGCCUCCUCUGAAAAUCUGACAGAGCGUGAGGUGCAAGAAUUUGAUCCACAAUCUGAGGUCCGUGCCAUCGUCGAGGGUCAGAUGCUGUCGAUGCGAGGGCAUGCUGAGCGGUUUGGCAUGCCCAAUCCCCCGAAGAGGAUCAUAGCAACCGGUGGGGCAUCCUCCAACGAGAGCAUCCUCAAGUUGAUCGCACAAAUCUUUGGCUGCCCUGUCUUCACAGUUGAGAGACCGGAUUCGGCCUCACUGGGUGCAGCCCUGAGAGCCGCCCACGGAUGGCUGUGCAAGGAGGAAGGAGGCUUUGUUCCCAUCUCCCGCAUGUACAUGGGCAACCUGGAGAAGACCUCGCUGGGCGCAAAGCUGGCGGUCCCGGCGCCCGAGGAGGAGGGCAGGGAGCUCCUGAAGAAGUACACCGCGCUCGCGAGGAAGAGGAUGGAGAUCGAGAGACGGCUGGUGGAGAAGAUCGGGCGUGCGUAGAGAUACUAGGACACACCAUACGGCGCUUGGGAAAUGGGUAUAGGGAUUAUUAGUAGGAGGUAAUAAUCAUUAGUUCAAUUGAUAAUGUCGCGCGUGUCAACCGUUGAUGGAUUAUGUCGCGGUCCUGUGCACGAAUAAUUUCGGAUAUGUUCGUUAUGGAAAACUGUCACAUGUCUCUA